AAACUCCUAAGAGGACCGUGUCAACGGUUCUACAAGAAAUGCAGCGGAAGCUGGAUUUCUUGUGUGAGCAGCAGCAGCAGCAGCAACAGCAGCAGCCCCAAAAGCUACUGCAACAAGAGCAACAACACCCGUUGCCCCAGCAGCAGCAGCAGCAGCAGCUAAAACAACAACAGCCGCUACCCCAGCAACAGCAGCAGCAGCAACAACAACCGUUGCUAAAUCGAAGGGAGCGGGCCAAUCUCGAGCCCGCUGGUACCGCCAGCGGGGCGGCCGAGGCGGCGGUCGGGGCGGCCGAGGCGGCGGUCGGGGCAGCCAAAGCGGUUGGGGCGGCCGAAGCGGUUGGAGCGGCCGAAGCGGUUGGGGCGGCCAAAGCGGUUGGGGUGACCGAAGCG